AUGAAAUUUGUCGAACUAACAUUUUUUAUUACGUUUUAUAGUGAAGUUAUCAGUCAACAAAUAGAAUUCUAUCCAUCUCAGUCACUAACAUACAACAAGGUGAAAAAUGUACGAGUUCAAAAGUCUACAAGGAAAGUUAAUUUCAAAGAAACGGGUGGAGAAUAUCAUAUUUUUUCGGAUUGGAAACCUUACAAAAGUGAUAAUAAAACUAAUAAAGAUCCAGUUAAAAGGGCAGUAGAUCCAGUGUUCUACGGCAAUCCGAAAACAAAAGAAGAGUUAUGGCAUGAACAUUUUUUACAAGAAUUAAAUUCCGAUGAAAGACCGUCGCUCAUUUCCUUACUUCAUAACAUAACACUAACGUAUUUAAACGAUUGUACUCCCGUUAUACUAUAUGAUAGAAAAGUUAAAACAGAAGAAACCCACAUAUUCCAAAAUUUCUUGAAGAAUUUUCCUAUCUCCUUUACACAUGGCUAUAUUGAAGAUAAUGAUAAAUUAAGGGAACCAAAUCUAUUGAAAAUUCGUAAAGAUUGUUUGCAUUAUGUAGUAUUUUUAUCAGAUGUGAAAAGAAUAGCGAAAGUAUUAGGCAAGCAAUCUCAAAGUAAGGUUAUAGUAGUAGCUAGGUCAUCACAAUGGACAGUACAUGAAUUUCUCGCCAGUUCUCUUUCAAGAAUGAUUAUUAAUUUACUCGUAAUUGGACAAAGUUUUAGAGGAGACAGUAAAACGUUCCAGGAAUCGCCAUACAUUUUGUAUACGCAUGAAUUGUAUACAGAUGGCUUAGGCGCCAGCAAGCCAGUUGUGUUAAACUCUUGGUCUAACAAUAAAUUUUCUAGACAAGUAAAUUUAUUUCCUUCUAAAGUAACUGAAGGGUACGCCGGUCACCGGUUCACUGUAGCCGCUUCGGACAAACCACCCUUCAUAUUCAAGAGGAUCAUAAUGGACCCAAAGGAUGGUAAUAUUAAAGUAACUUGGGACGGAAUUGAGAUGAGACUUUUGAAUUUGUUAGCGAAACGAAAUAACUUUUCCAUUGAGAUUGUUGAACCUCGUGAUUUAAGCUUAGGACCAGAGACCGCUGUUUUAAAAGAAGUUAUGAUGGAUAAAGCGGACAUAGCGACUGCCGGUUUGUAUGUAACGAGCGAAAGGUUGUUGAAUUUGGAUUUAAGUUUUCCACAUUCGCAAGAUUGUGCCGUUUUCAUAACAUUGAUGUCAACUGCUUUACCAAGAUAUCGAGCAAUUCUAGGACCAUUUCAUUGGCACGUUUGGUUAGCUCUGACGUUUACCUACUUGAUCGCCAUUUUCCCUCUUGCUUUUUCUGAUAAACAUACUCUACGACAUUUAAUUAACAAUUCAGGUGAAGUAGAGAAUAUGUUUUGGUAUGUUUUUGGAACUUUUACGAAUUGUUUCACUUUUGUGGGUAAAAACUCAUGGAGUAAGACGACGAAGAUUACUACAAGACUACUCAUCGGUUGGUACUGGCUGUUUACAAUAAUAAUUACCAGUUGUUACACGGGCUGCAUCAUAGCAUUUGUCACUUUGCCAAUAUUUCCAGACACUAUAGAUACCAUUAAGCAACUGCUUGCAGGGUUUUAUAGAGUCGGUACUUUAGAUCGAGGAGGAUGGGAAAAAUGGUUCCUAAAUUCCUCUGACCCAGACACUAACAGACUUUUUAAGAAAAUUGAAUAUGUACCUGACGUGCGUACUGGCAUCAGAAAUGUUACAAGAGCCUUCUUCUGGCCGUACGCAUUUCUAGGAUCUCAAGCUGAGCUUGAACAUAUUGUUCUGGCAAAUUUUACUAAUAUGAGUUCAAAACGUGCCAAGCUACAUAUAUCGAACGAAUGCUUCGCGCCGUUUGGAGUGGCUUUAGGCUUCCCCAGAAACUCCGUUUACAACGACAAGUUUAGUGGCGACGUUCGUAGAUUAUUGCAGAGCGGAAUCAUAAACAAAAUCGUAGACGAAGUUCGUUGGGAAAUACAGCGGAGUUCUUCUGACAGACUAUGGGUCGGUAAAGUGUCACAGAAGGUAAAUUCAGUUCAAGAGAAAGGUUUGACUCUAGAAGAUACACAAGGAAUGUUCCUUCUUCUUGGUGCUGGCUUCUUGAUAGCUGGCGGAGCUCUUUUGAGCGAAUGGAUGGGAGGUUGUUCAAGAAAAUGUACCGUAAAAAGAGCUAAGGCGUCUUCUGUUAGUUCAGAAAAUUUAGUACCCAAUAACGUGUAUGCAAUUCGAGAAAAAGGUUUCAAUAUCAGCGAUUCUACGGAUUCAUUGGAUGGUCAAGUUAUAAAUGUAUCAGAAGAAAGUAUUACUAUUCAUAAUGAGUUUAAUGUAUUCGAAUUUAGUUCGAAAUCAAGUUCUACAGAUAUAGAUAAUGAAGUACACGAGAUAUUUGAAAUCGAUGAACAGAGAAAACAUGUUUUAGAUAAAGAAGAAUCGUUUGAGAUUAAAACAGCAAAUACAAAGAGUCCAUUAGGAGAACAUAUAAACAAUUAG